GGUAUUACUCUAUGCCAACGCCGAGCUAUCGCAUUCUAGUCGAUUAUGGAACACUUCGACUCCAAUUCGUGAUUUCGAUAUAUCGUUUAAAAUAUAUCUUGUAAAGAGGUGACACGAGGUCUUUUGAUAGAUUAUUUUGUUAUGCGACUGUAAUAUAUCUUGUAGUGCUACAAUGAGUCCUAAAGUGGAAGUUUUGGUAGUUGAUACAACUGCUUUUAUAAAUAAUACGGCCCUUCAUGAACUUGGCAAUCAAAUUACAACUGUCCAGGAAGUUGUAAAUGAAAUUACUAGUAAACGACAAAUAAGAAGACUGGUUGUUCUUCCGUAUGAUCUUGAAGUAAAGACGGUGUUUCAAGAAAAUAUACAGUAUGUUACAGAAUUUUCUAAGAAAACUGGUGAUUAUCCAAGCCUAUCAGCAACUGACAUCAAAGUUAUGGCACUUGCUUACCAACUUGAGAAAGAGAGAGUUGGUACAGAUCACUUGAAGAAAGAACCUCUGAUUAAUCGCUUAGUAACAUUUAUACAUCAUUUACCUGAUGAAUCUAAAGCCACUGCAGGAUUUUAUGCUCCAAGCAAGAAGAAUGCGGAUGAAAAUGAUGAAUCUUGCGACACAGAAAUAAAUGAUCUACUGGGAAAGCUUACUUCUCUGGACUGCAACAAAACUGAUGAAGACAUUAUAAAUGAUAUACUGGUGCCAGUUAAAGAAAACAUACAUGAACAAACCUAUGAAAAUGAAUUGGAAUGCAGUGAUAUUAAUUCAGACUGCUCAGAAAGUGAUUAUGCAUCUGAUGCUGAAGAUGGGUCUGGCUGGAUUACACCCCAAAAUAUAGCUCAGAAGAAGCAAGAAGUCAAUUCUGAAGUAGAUAAUGCACCAGUGAAGGUUGCAUGUAUCACAUCUGACUUCGCAAUGCAAAAUGUUCUGAAGCAGAUUGGACUCAAUGUUCUGUCAAGUGAUGGUCGUCAUAUCCGGCAGUUACGAAGUUUCAUUCUAAGAUGUUAUGCUUGCUUUAAGACAACUAGUAUCAUGACUAAGGUAUUUUGCCCUAACUGUGGAAACAGAACCUUGAAGAAGGUGGCAGUAUCUCUGAAGGAAGAUGGUACUCAAGUGAUCCAUCUCUCUUCAAGAAAACGACUUUCAACACGAGGAAAGAGGUUCUCGCUUCCAACACCCAAGGGAGGUAAACAUGCCAACAACCCAAUACUGUGUGAAGACCAGCGUAUACCAGAUCAGCGACCUUCAAGACUUGCCCGUACCAAGAACAAUCCUCUAGAUCCAGACUAUACAGCAGGUUAUUCGCCUUUUGUAAUCAGAGAUACAAAUUCAAGAUCAGCUAUGCUUGGAAUUCGGGGUACAGAUAUCAUAUCCAUGAUGAGGAGGAAUCCCAAUGAAGGCAGGUGUAAAGGCAAGAAAAAGAAGUGAUGUAUGAAAAGUGAACAUGAAGUAAUUGUAAAUGCUAUUAUCUGUUUAUUAAAGUACUUACAUUGAUUUCAUAGCAUUUCAGCUGA